AUGAAGGCCUACCGGAUAGCCCGGAAGCCCGAUGGACCCUGGCUCAACAUGACACCACCAAUAAGAGGGGGAGUCUAUCGCCCAACAGACACCAGUACCGAUAAUUCCGACUGCGACGACGAAGAAUCCUCUUUAGCCUCCUCGUCUUCCUCGUGCGGCGACCGCAGCUCCAGCCCCUCUGACAGCACAUCGGUCACCUCCGACUGCACCACUGUCUCGGUCGACAGCCUUGUUGAGAAGGUCCAGGACGAAGCCAUCAUUCGACGACGUAUACCAUCAAAGAUUGUGCCAAACCACCACCCUACUAACAUUGCUGCUACUCCGUCUCUCACCCGCGACGAGUACACUGAAUUGGCCAUCCAGCAAGAAAUUAACGACUGCAUCAAGGAGUACCCCUCGGUCGACCCUGCUGUGCAGCAAGACAUCGUGCGCAAGUACCGCGUCUUGCACCAACGAGUUCAAGAUGAGGGGUUCUACGACUGUCCCUACCUCGAGUACGGCAAGGAGAUGGCCCGCUACACCACCCUGCUUGUUGCCUCCAUGACGGCCCUCCACUUCGGCUGGUACAUGACUUCGGCCGUCUUUCUAGGUCUGUUUUGGCACCAAAUCAUGUUCUCCGCCCAUGAUGCCGGACACGGCGCUAUCACCCACAACUUUAAGAUCGACACCCUCAUUGGCUUGUUCGUCGCUGACUUCUGCUGCGGCCUGUCGAUGGGAUGGUGGAAGAGCAGCCACAAUGUCCACCAUCUCAUCACCAAUCACCCUGAACACGACCCAGACAUCCAGAAUGUCCCUAUCUUUGCCACCUGUCCCUCCUUCUUCAAGUCGAUUAAGUCGUCCUACUACGACAACUUCGUUUUCCUUUGGGACGCCACCGCCGAGUUUCUCGUGCCCUACCAGCACUACACCUAUUACCCCAUUAUGGGUGUUGCCCGCUUCAAUCUCUACCUCCUUUCAUGGUUGCACGUCCUCUCGCGCAAGUCCUCUUCCCUGGGCGGCAGCAAGGCAUGGUGGAUUCGUCCUACCGAAAUCGUCUUCAUGAUAUGUUUCUGGUUCAUCUUUGGAUACUGCUUGCUGUGGCGCGCACUCCCCACCUGGACUAUCCGCGUUGCUUUUGUUCUCGUCUCGCACUUCGUCACCAUGCCGCUUCACGUGCAGAUUACUCUGUCCCAUUGGGGCAUGUCAACAUCCGACCUUGGCGAAUCCGAGUCUUUCCCACAGCGCCAGCUCCGCACCACCAUGGACGUGGACUGCCCUGCCUGGCUCGAUUUCAUCCACGGCGGUCUGCAGUUCCAGGCCGUACACCACCUCUUCCCGCGCGUGCCCCGGCACAACCUCCGCCGGUUACAGGUGCUCGUAAGGGAAUUCUGCAAGGAGACCAACAUUCCCUAUGCAAUUUUGAGUUUUGCUGACGGCAACCGCAAGGUGUUAGGGCGACUUGAGGAAGUGGGAGAACAGGUCAGGUUCCUUGUUACGUGCCAGAAGUACAUGGCCGAGACAGGGGAAAGCGGGUUGCACUGA